AUGCGACUUGUGAGAAACUUCAGCAAUCCAAAAGUGGAGAUGGCUGUGAGGUACGGUGAGGAGCCGAACUACUCUGCUUUUGUGAUAAGCGAUAUAUCAGAUAGCAGGGUUAAAUCGUGGAUGCGUUUGCCGGGCGCGAGAAGUAGUAGAAUAGCUAGGUGCCUCGAUACCUGGAAAAUAGUGUUCUGGUCCGGGGGAUUAGACUUCAGCCAAGUUACUAAAUUGUUGAUGUUCCAGAUUGUGGUCCUGCGCAUAGAUACUUUAGAUAGGCUGAUAGCUUUUAGCAUAUGCUUCACUAUACGAUGCCUCGUUAUUAUCUCUGCAAGAGCUGGAUCGUUUCCAAAAUGCCAGGAAGAUUGGAAAGAAAUAGCAGAUUUAUUUGAGGCACGAUGGAACUUUCCACACUGUUUGGGCGCAAUCGACGGCAAGCACAUUGACAUCAUUCCGCCGGCUGGAAGUGGCUCUGAAUUUUUUAAUUAUAAAGGCCGACACAGUAUGGUUCUUUUAGGAAUUGCAAAUGCCAAAUAUCAAUUUAUUUUAGCAGAUUUUGGGACCAAUGGAAGAAUUUCGAAUGGAGGUGUUCUCCAAAACACAAAAUUUUUCGAAAUGUUGACAAAAGGUGAUUUACGUAUCCCAACCGAAGAAUAUGUCAAAGGAAAUGGUAGGAAUCUGCCGUAUGUGUUUGUCGCCGACGACGCUUUUGCUUUACGCAGCGAUAUGAUGAAACCAUUUCGACAAGCGGACUUGAACUCGAACGAGAAAAAAAUAUUUAACUAUAGAUUGUCUCGUGCAAGGCGCAUCAUCGAAAAUACGUUUAGAAUAUUGGCUGCACGAUUUCGUAUAUUUCAUACUCAAAUUAAUGUUGAACCUGAAAACAUUAUUAAAAUAGUAAUGGCCGCAGUUGUGCUGCACAAUUUUCUAAUAGAAAAUUCACCAAAAUCAUACGCACCUAAACAAUGUGUUCAAGAAGAAAAUGCUGACGGAACCGUUAUUAAUUAUGGAUACAAUACACAAAACUCUAGCAUGGAAAAUUUAGAGCAACGAAACCCCGGCAAUAUCAAUGAUACAGCAAAAAAUGCUUUUAUAUUGAGUGGUAACAAAACAGUAUGCGUGCGAAACUGGGCUAGGCUACGCUUGCAACAUGAUCUUUUCUCAGGUCGAUAUCCUCCUGAAGCCAAAGAUCUAAUCCUGCAAGAGUUUGAAGAUGAUUCCACUACAAGUACUAGGAAAGCUGCUGCUGAUCCUGGUUUGUCGCCAUGGAAGAGAUCCCAAUGUUCUACCACUUUUGAACCCAACAACAUAAAAUGCUCUUGGAUAUCCAUCAAACCAAUCGCACAUGUAUUGCUUCUUACAGAAGCUAAAUCUUACCUUACAACCCCUCAAAAUAUUAUAGCAAAGAAAAAAUGAAAACGUUUGUGGGACAGUUUUCGGAAUGAAUUAAAGAAAGAAUGUAAACCAAAAUCUUGGGACGCCCAAGGCUCACCAUGCAAGCCCCAAUGGAAAUGGUUCAAACACAUGAAAUUUUUACGAGGAAGCCUAUCUUCUAGAAGUAUGGAAGGAAACUUGAGAAGUGACUGCUCGUAUUUGACUCAUGAAGAGUCUCAGCGUGAAACAGAGUCUAUUGAUGGAGGGGUGAUGAGUUGCCCACAAUCGCCAACUGAUGUCUCUAUAUGUUCUGCACCGUCUAGUUCUUUAGGUUCAAGUGUAGGUCGAAAACGCAAAGUCACUGCAGCAGAAGAAGGUGAAAGGCUGCAUAUUGAAAAAGAAAAACUGGACAUCAUGAAAUCAAUGGCACAAAAAGAUGACGAGAAAGAUACAACUUAUCAUUUUCUGAUAAGCCUCAAAGACCCCAUAAACAGACUCAGUAUAAUUUCACAAAUGCUCCUGAGAUACAAAAUUACGGAAAUUGUAAUGAAUGAAAUUGAUAAGAACCAAAAACCCAAUAAUGCCAGUCUGCAACCUAUAAAUUAUACUGACUACGUAUUACCAACGUCUACACUGACCAAUCCAGGGGACGCUUCAACUUUACUUUCUAGCCUCAACGAUGAUAGAAUAUAGAUUAAAUAUACUUGUAGUAUAUCCGAAUUGUAUUGAAUUGUGUAUUCUUUUUACACCCUUUUACACUUGUAGAUAAAGAAAAAA